CAUAGCAAUUUCAGUCAAGCUGCCCUUCAGUUUUUGUACUGUUAUAACAAAUUACUUUUCAAUCAGUAUUUCUAUAGUAGGAAGUGUGUUUUUCUAACCAAGUUAUACUCAAAUUUUCAAGUUGCCGUUCAGUGCCGUUUAUAUUUAAAAAAUUUAUUUACUUUUCAAUCAGUCUUGCUUUCAAAGAGCGCUUUUCUAACCCAUUUAUACUCAAAUUUUCUAGGAUUUUCUAUUAGUGACUAUGGCUAGUACACCGCGGCAUAGCGGCAGUGAAGGUCCUCUAUGUCACUCCACACCGAAGUCUGAGGAGGUGGAGGAAUCCGAACGUGUGGGGCAAGUUACCAGCCUGCCCGUCAGUACACAUGGAUGGUAUCGUGUGUUGGUAUUCAGCAAGGAUCAUUUGGGUGUUAACCGCGUCCUGCGAAGCAUUCGGAGGAAGAUAACACCACUGAUGCUGAAGCCCCAUUAUCUGCACUCUGGCGGGGAGUUUGAUGCGGCGGAAGACGCUGGCGCUCUCUUCACCUUCUACGUCAAUGGGUAUGCCGUGGCUAGUGCCCUGUUCCGACUCGACAGACUGAAUAGUCGCCUGUGGCUGAGGGUCAACCACCGGAUGCCCGUUAUUCAGUACGAUGCUGCUCACAAAAGGGCCCUGAAGCAGGCUAUUAUGGCCAGAUAUGAUCCCAGAAAGCGGAGCUUAGACCUAACUCUGUUUCACUACGACGGAAUCUUGCAGGGAAUGUUCUUCGCCCUGGCCAAUCCCCACUGCAUGAGUUCGGUGCUGGGGAUCUUGGCGCGCGAGAUGCCAGAGUUAGAGCACCUUUGGCUAGACCGGAAUCAUCUGAGCCACCUUCAACCGUUCUGGCAUGUGGAGCGCCGGUUGCCACGACUGCAGUCGAUCUCUCUUGAGAACAACGAUCUGAAUAGCGUGGCUUUGUUGCGGGUUCUGCAGUUCCUUCCGCUUGUCGAGUUGAAUUUGAGGCGCAAUCUUCUGCCGCCUGGCUACGAAAUCGACGUCCUGUAUAUGUGGCCGAGGCUGCAGAAGCUCAACGAAGUCAUUUUGCCAGCCGGGAUCGGGAUACAUUUGCGGUGUCAUUGUGCUCCCGUUUUAAUACAAAAGGUCUCCCAAGAGACUGGAAUGAAUUGGGAGUGGAGUUCAAAAUUCCUAGAGUUGAAUAAUUGUAACUACGCCCAGACCAUUAGCAGUUUCCACAGAAUGCUUAACCUUGGAUACAUUUCCCACAAGGGUUUUUUUAAAAAUUGUUAUUAAUUUAUACUAAUUGUAAAAGGUAUUUAUAAAAUAUUUGUAAAAGUAAUAUAAUCUCAACUAUGCUGAGAAUUAUUUCUAUC